AUGGCUCUUAAACAACACUUGCUUGAUACUGGAUUCUCCAACUCCCUAGCAGAUGCCUCAUUGUUCAUUCGCAGCUCUGGCCGCCACAUCACAUAUGUUCUGGUUUAUGUCGAUGAUAUCAUUGUCACCGGUAGUGACUCUGCUACUGUUGCUGCUGUUCUUUGUGCUUUCGCUUACCGCUUCUCAAUCAAAGACCCCGUCGAUCUACAUUAUUUUCUUGGGAUAGAGGUUACACGGUCCAAACGAGGUAUGCAUCUUAUGCAACGCAUCACUGAUCUACUACACAAAAAAAAUAUGCUCGAAGCCAAACCUGUCUCCACUCCUCUACCAACAACGCCCAAGCUCACUCUUGCCAGCGGCUUUCCACUACAAGAUGCUUCCCAAUAUCGGUCUGUUGUGGGCAGUCUACAAUACCUCUCCUUCACCAGACCGGACAUUUCAUAUGCGGUGAAUCGUCUCUCCCACUUUAUGCACCAACCUACACAUGAACAUUGGCAAGCUGCCAAAAGAGUACUGAGAUAUCUUGCUGGUACUCCAACACAUAGUAUCUAUCUUCACGCCUCUUCUCCCCUUUCUCUUCAUUGUUUUUCAACGUCUCUGGUCAACUUACAAGGGUUCUCUGGUGCGGACUGGGCGGGAGACACCGAUGAAUAUGUCUCGACAAAUGGUUAUGUCAUUUAUAUGGGUCACAAUCCAAUUUCCUGGUCCUCUAAAAAGCAGAAUGGUGUUGCUCGUUCCUCAACGGAAGCGGAAUAUCGGGCUGUUGCCAACACUUCAGCUGAAUUUCGUUGGUUAUGUUCUUUGUACUCUGAACUCAAGGUUGAUAUCCCUGCUCCUCCUGUUAUCUAUUGUGCCAAUGUCGGUGCCACUUAUCUUUGCGCAAAUCCCGUCUUCCACUCCCGUAUGAAACAUAUUGCACUUGACUAUCAUUUUUUUCGGAACCAGAGUCAGUCCAACAAGCUACGGGUUUCACAUGUUUCUACUCAUGAUCAGUUGGCCGACACUUUUACGAAAUCGCUACGGGUUUCAGCAGGCGUGUUUCAAGAUUGGCGUCGUUAA